AUGUCUGACUCUAUGUCAAGUUUCUUACACAUAGGGGACAUCGUGUCUCUCUAUGCAGAAGGUACUGUUAAUGGAUUUAUAAGCACUUUGGGGUUGGUUGAUGACCGUAUGGUUGUGGAACCAGCAGGUGGAGACUUGGACAAUCCACCCAAAAAAUUUCGAGAUUGCCUGUUUAAGGUCUAUCCUAUGAACCGAUAUUCAGCUCAGAAGCAGUACUGGAAAGCAAAACAGGCCAAGCAUGAAAAAGACAAGAUUGCAGACCUGGUGCUACUUCAAAAACUUCAGCAUGCAUCCAACCUGGAACAGAAGCAAAAUGAUGCAGAGAACAAAAAAGUCCAUGGUGAUGUGGUUAAAUAUGGUAGUGUCAUUCAGCUCCUGCACAUGAAGAGCAACAAGUUUUUGACAGUUAAUAAACGUCUGCCAGCUCUACUGGAGAAAAAUGCCAUGCGGGUCACUCUGGAUGGUACAGGCAACGAGGGAUCCUGGCUGUUUAUUCAGCCUUUCUGGAAGCUUAGGGCCAAUGGAGACAAUGUGGUGGUUGGUGACAAAGUCGUCCUGAACCCAGUUAAUGCCGGACAGCCUUUACAUGCCAGUGACUAUGAACUCCAAGACCAUCUUGGCUGCAAAGAGAUCAACUCGGUGAAUGGCAACACUAGCUGGAAGAUCAACCUGUUCAUGAUGUUCAGCGACCACAGAGAUGAAGUUCUUAAAGGAGGCGAUGUGGUACGACUUUUUCAUGCAGAGCAGGAGAAGUUUUUGACUUGUGACGGUUACAAGGGCAAGCUGCACGUUUUCCUGCGUACAACACUGCGUCAGUCUGCUACUUCAGCCACCAGUUCUAAUGCUUUAUGGGAAGUGGAGGUAGUGCAUCAUGACCCAUGUCGAGGAGGAGCAGGUCAUUGGAACAGUCUGUACCAUUUUAAACAUUUGGCGACAGGCUUGUACCUUGCAGCAGAGGAGAAUCCCGGCUACAAAGGAGACAAUGCUGAAAUACAGGCGGAAAACGGUCUCGCCAGUAAGAGGAGCCUGGGGGAACGGAUAAAGUAUAAGCUGGUGCCAGUGCCUCAUGGGAAUGACAUUGCCUCACUGUUUGAACUGGAUCCAACCACACUGCAGAAGACUGACUCGUUUGUGCCAAGAAACUCUUAUGUGCGUUUCCGACAUCUGUGCACAAACACGUGGAUGCAAAGCACUAAUGUUCCCAUAGACAUUGAUGAAGAAAGACCCAUUCGUUUGAUGUUGGGCACUUGCGCCACUAAAGAAGACAAAGAGGCAUUUGCUAUCGUCUCUGUGCCCAGCAUGGAGAUUCGAGAUCUGGACUUUGCUAACGAUGCCAGCGCCAUGUUGAGCACUGUUGUGGACAAGUUCAAAUCUGGAUUGCUUUCUCCAACAGAUCGGAAGUUUGCCAUUAAGCUGCUGGAGGAUCUGGUGUUUUUUGUGGUGGAUCAGUCGAACACUGGACAGAUUGUGUUGGACGUAGUGAUGAUCAAACCAAACCGUGAAAGACAAAAACUCAUGCGAGAGCAGAAUAUUCUCAAACAGAUAUUUGGCAUCAUUAAGUCUCCAUUUAAAGAAAGAGAUGGAGAACCACCUCUGUUGAAGCUGGAGGACCUGGCAGAUCAGAAGAACACUCCGUAUCAGUACAUGCUCCGGCUGUGCUACAGAAUCCUCCGCCACUCCCAAGAGGAUUACCGCAAAAACCAGGAGGACAUUGCUAAACAGUUUGGGAUGAUGCAGUCUCAGAUUGGCUAUGACAUUCUGGCUGAGGACACAAUCACAGCUUUGCUGCAUCACAACCGUAAGCUGCUGGAAAAACACAUUACUAAAACCGAGGUGGAGACCUUCGUCAACCUUGUGCGCAGGAAUAGAGAACCCAGGUUUCUGGACUACUUGUCAGACUUGUGUGUAUCCAAUCACGUAGCCAUCCCAGUUACACAGGAGCUGAUUUGCAAGUGUGUGCUGGAUGCCAAAAACCAGGACAUCCUCAUCAAAACAGAACGACGCCUCAGUAAAGAUAACCCACACCACAUCCCUGGGCUAAUAGAGGACCUUACAGAGGAGGAGGAGAUUUGGUUGGUCUGGAUUGAUAAAGCCAACCAGACUCAUGAGAAGAGCAUUCGUGCACUUGCACACGAGGCUAGACAAGGAAAUGUGCAUGAUGAGAAUGUGCUGACAUACUACAGGUACCAGCUAAAGCUGUAUGCUCAGAUGUGCUCAGACCGUCAGUAUCUGGCCAUAGAUGAGAUCUCCAAAUAUUUGGACGUGGAGCUGAUUUCCCUCUGUAUGAUGGACGAGACCCUUCCAUAUAACCUGCGGGCCUCGUUCUGCAGACUCAUGCUGCAUGCUCAUGUAGAUAGAGACCCUCAGGAACUGGUAACUCCUGUCAAGUACGCCCGGCUCUGGUCUGAGAUCCCCACCUCCAUCAGCAUCAAAGAUUAUGAUUCUCACAUGGAUUCCUUACGAGACAACAAGAAGAACAAGUUUGCCAACACCAUGGCUUUUAUGGAGGAAUAUCUCAACAAUGUUCUUAAUGAUGACUUUCCAUUUGCUGAUGAGGAGAAAAAUAAACUAACAUAUGAGGUGGUGAGCCUUGCAAGGCAUUUGAUCUACUUUGGCUUCUAUAGCUUCUUUGAGCUGUUACGACUGACACGCACACUUUUGGGUAUCAUCGACUGCAUCCCCAACCCUGCUUUGACCAGUCCUACAUUCACUGAUGAUGGCACUAAGAACAUACGGCGCUCCAUCCACGGCAUGGGUCAGAUGAUGUCGACCAUGGUUCUGAGCAGAAAGGGUGGUGGCCGUCAUGGCCUCGGUAUGGAUGGGCAAAUGCGCAGUAAGGACAGCAUUGACAACCAGGACAUCACAGUCAUGGACACCAAACUGAAGAUCUUGGAGAUCUUACAGUUUAUUCUGAAUGUGAGGCUGGACUACCGGAUCUCAUUUCUGCUCUCCGUCUUUAAGAAGGAGUUUGUGGACUUGUAUCCUACAGCAGAUGCCAUGGACGCAACUUCCACUUCGGCUGAAAAUGCUGUCCUCAACUUGCUGUUGAUAGGAGAGCAGGCAGAAGCCAUGUUUGGAGUUGGGAAGGCGAACAGCAUUUUGGAGGUCGAUGAUGAGGGUGGACGGAUGUUUCUGCGUGUGCUUGUUCAUCUCAUCAUGCAUGACUAUCCUCCACUGGUCUCAGGUGCAUUACAGCUCCUCUUCAAACACUUCAGCCAGAGACAGGAGGUUCUACAUACCUUCCAACAGGUCCAGCUCUUGAUUUCUGAGCAGGAUGUUGAAAACUACAAGUUGAUUAAGUUCGACCUGGAGCGUCUGCGCACCACAGUGGAGAAGUCUGAGCUCUGGGUGGUCAAGAAAAGCGGCUCAGACAAAAAGAAAGACAAGAAAGAUAAAAAGGAUAAGGGAGACAAAGAAGAAAAAGGAGAAAAAGAAAAGGAAAAACUUGCAAAGAGCAAUGAAAGCUACCAAAAUGUCAAAGAGAUCCUGGAGCGUUUGAAUAAGAUGUGCAGUUCUGGAGUGUUUAAGAAGCAGCAAAGGCUUCUGAAGAACAUGGGUGCACAUAAAGUCAUGCUGGACUUGCUGCAGGUCCCCUAUGAUCGGACUGACAAAAAAAUGCAGGAGAUUAUUAAGUUUACCCACCUUUUCCUGCAAAAGUUCUGCACUGGAAACCAAGAAAAUCAGAAUCUCCUUCACAAACAUUUAAACCUCUUCCUAAUUCCUGGAGUCCUGGAAGCAGAGACAGUGACACACAUCUUUAGUAAUAACUACCAGCUGUGUACAGAGAUCGGUGACAAUGUCCUGCAACACUUCAUGAAGUGCCUGUCCACUAAUGGGCGCCAUGUACAGUACCUCAGCUUUCUGCACACCAUCAUCAAGGCUGAGGGGAAGUAUGUGAAGAAAUGUCAGGACAUGAUCAUGACAGAGUUAACAAAUGCAAGCAGUGAUGUAGUCGUGUUCUACAAUACUAAAGAGUCAUUUGCCAAAAUGUUGGAACUAAUGAUCGAGGCCAGGGAGGGGGUGUCGGAAAGCAGUCCUCUUCGCUACCACAUUUCUCUGGUGGAACUGCUGGCUGCAUGUGCAGAGGGCAAAAACGUCUACACUGAGAUCAAAUGCACUUCUAUGCUGCCCCUAGAGGAGGUGGUUAGAGUCGUCACACAUGAAGACUGCAUUACAGAGGUGAAAAUUGCCUAUGUGAAUUUUGUAAACCACUGCUAUGUGGACACAGAGGUGGAGAUGAAGGAGAUCUACACCAGCAACCACAUAUGGAACCUGUUUGACAACUUCCUUAUAGACAUGGCCACGAUGUGCAUUAACCGGGAGAAGAAUAUACAAGACCCAAUACUGGAGAGAUAUGUGAUUAUGGUUGUUCUGGAUACCAUAAAUGCUUUCUUCAGCUCACCUUUUUCUGAAAACAGCGUUUCCCUACAGACUCACCAUGACAUGAUAACCAAGUUACUGCAGUCAACCAUGCGUCUCCUGGAUGCCCCCUGGAUUCAGCAGCAUCAAAGGAUUCUGGUCGAGGGCUGCAUCCGAACUUUGUCUCUGACAGCUAAGAACCGUACAAUCUUUCUGCCAGUGGAGUUGGAAGCCCUGGCUAAUAUGAUGCUAAGCAGCAGUUCAAUGAAUACUCUUGCCCGCAUCAAUGCCAGCUUCAAAAACGCUGUUCGAUCCAUACGAACCACUACCCCCAACAACCCCUGGGACUAUAAGAACAUCAUUGAUAAGCUACAGGAUGUAAUUAACACUCUGGAGGAUCGGUUGACGCCGCUGGUUAAUGCAGAGUUGUCUGUACUGGUGGAUGUUCUUCACCAGCCAGAACUUCUCUUUCUGGAUGGCUCUGAUGCUCGUAACCGCUGUGAAUCUGGAGGUUUCAUCUCCAAACUAAUUCAACAUACCAAGAAGCUAAUGAACUCUGACGAGAAGCUGUGUAUCAAGGUUCUUAAAAUUCUACAGGAGAUGCUUAUCCGCAACAUGGACUUUGAUGACAAGGGAGUUGCCUUAAGAAAGGUGUUGUUGCAGAAUUACCUCUUUACCAACAAAAAGACUGGGAAAACAGAAAUGGUUGAGGUUGGAGCGGCAGAAGGAGAAAGAGACUGGGCUGCUGUGGCUACAGUACAGUGUCGCCUGGACAAAGAAGGUGGCACAAAAUUAUUUACAGACAUCAUUACAAGCACUAAAAAUGAAAGAAUAUUUCAGGAGAGCAUCCAGCUGGCUAUCUGUCUGCUCGAGGGAGGCAACACUGAAAUACAAAACUCCUUCUACAAGUUGAUGAUGGGAGACAACAAGUCUGAGAAGUUCUUCAAAGUCCUUAAUGAUCGUAUGAAAGAUGCACAGUUGGACAUCAAAUCCACCAUCACUGUUAACGUGGGUGAAAUGACUCACAAGGCCAAAGAUGAAAAAGAUCUGGAUCCAGGUGCAGGGGCACAGAUUGGUCAAGCCCCAGCUAACCAAGCUGAGCAGCAAGAGGUGGAGACUGAGAUGGGUCCCUCAGUCCUGAUUAUGAAGCCCAUUCUGCGUUUUCUCCAGCUGCUCUGUGAGAACCACAAUCAGGACCUGCAGAACUUUCUUCGCUCUCAGAACAACAAGACAAACUAUAACCUGGUCUGCGAGACACUGCAGUUCUUGGACAUCAUGUGUGGUAGCACUACUGGAGGCCUGGGUCUGCUGGGCCUCUACAUUAAUGAAAACAACGUGGAACUGAUCACCCAGACCCUGGAGACCUUAACAGAGUACUGCCAGGGUCCAUGCCAGGAGAACCAGACCUGCAUCGUCACUCAUGAGUGCAACGGGAUUGACAUAAUCACUGCCCUGAUUUUAAAUGACAUCAGUCCUCUGUGUCGUUACCGGAUGGAGUUGGUGCUCCAGCUUAAGGACAAUGCCUCCAAGCUUUUGCUUGCCCUGAUGGAGAGCAGACAUGACAGUGAGAACGCAGAGAGGAUUUUGAUUAACCUUAGACCUCGAGAACUGGUCGAGGUAAUAAAGAAGGCGUAUCUGCAGGAGUCCGAUCUUGAGGACGUAGAGGAUGCAGAGGUGUCACCCAGAGAAGUUGGCCACAACAUCUACAUCCUGGCACUACAGCUGGCAAGGCACAAUAAGACUCUCCUUAACCUAUUAAAACCUCCGAUAAAGAAAAAAGAAGAGGGAGAGGAAAGAAUUUCUUCUAUGCUCAGCCUGAACACGGGGCAGUUCUCUCAGAUGCUAAAAGCCAAAGCUCCAGCUGAGGUGAAACAGGAAGAGCCACUGGAGUACUACGCCAAACACACCGCUCAGAUUGAAAUCGUUCGCGACGAUCGCAGUAUGGAGCAGAUCGUCUAUCCUCUCCAUCCAAUCUGUGAGUACCUGACAGAGGAGUCUAAGUUCCGUGUCUUCAACACUACGGAGCAGGAUGAGCAGGGCAGCAAGGUCACCAACUUCUUUGAGCAGACGUCCUUUCUGCAUAACGAGAUGGAGUGGCAGAAAAGACUGCGCAGUAUGCCUGUGCUAUACUGGUUCUCUGGGAAAAUGUCAGUAUGGGGCACCAUCUCAUUCAACCUGGCUGUCUUCAUCAACCUCGUCAUUGCUUUGUUUUACCCUUUUAAUGACGGGAAAGGUAGCAUUGAUUCUUCAAUGUUGUAUAUGCUGUCUUGGGGCUUUUGUGGAUUAUCUCUCUUGGGAUUUUUGACACAACGCUAUGGCCUGCAGCUACUCACCAUUGCUGUCAUCUUCCGCUGUAUCUAUAACUUCAGCAUCGGUCCCACUCUCUUCAUGCUUGGAACUAUCAAUCUCAUCAAUAAGAUUGUGUACGUGGUGAGCUUUGUGGGAAAUAAUGGUACGUUCAUCAAUGGUUACAAAGCCAUGGUGAUGGAUGUGGAGUUCGUGUACCACCUGGGCUAUGUGUUUACCUGCACACUGGGCCUUUUUGUUCAUGAGCUUUUCUACAGCCUAAUGCUAUUUGACCUGAUCUAUCGUGAGGAAACCCUUUUCAAUGUCAUCAAGAGUGUGACGCGUAACGGCCGCUCCAUCCUCCUCACUGCAGUGCUAGCCAUCAUUCUGGUGUACUUGUUCUCCAUUGUGGGAUUCCUCUUCCUCAGGGAUGAUUUCAUCAUGGAAGUGGACCAUCUAUCUGAAUCUGACAGUUCUGAUGGUACCUGCAAUGCAGAUGGAACUGAUUGCAAUGAAGACACUGGACUGGCAGUCCCAGAGGAACAAGAUAACACAGAGCGAGCAUGUGACACGUUGCUAAUGUGUAUCGUCACUGUGCUGAACCAUGGUCUACGAAACGGUGGUGGAGUAGGAGAUGUACUACGCAGACCCUCGAAAAAUGAAGCCCUGUUUCCUGGACGAGUGGUGUAUGAUCUGCUCUUCUACUUCAUUGUCAUCAUUAUCGUACUGAACUUGAUCUUUGGUGUGAUUAUUGACACCUUUGCUGACCUGCGUAGUGAAAAGCAAAGAAAGGAGGAGAUCCUAAAAACCACCUGCUUCAUCUGUGGUCUUGAGCGAGACAAGUUUGACAAUAAAACAGUAUCUUUUGAGGAACACAUUAAAUUGGAGCACAACAUCUGGAACUACCUGUACUUUAUAGUGUUGGUACGGGAGAAGAACAAGACUGAUUACACUGGUCCAGAGAGCUAUGUGGCCCAUAUGAUAAAGAACAAGAAUCUGGAUUGGUUUCCACGCAUGCAGGCCAUGUCUCUGGUUGUGAAUGAUGGGGAAGGGGAGCAGAACGAAAUGAGGAUCCUGCAGGACAGACUCUCUGACACCAUGAAAGCGGUCACACACCUUACUGGUCAGUUAGCAGAAUUAAAAGAACAGAUGACAGAGCAGAGGAAGAGGAGGCAGAGGAUGGGCUUUGCGGAUGUCCAGGGUGGCUCUAAUCCCAACAUGCCUCCCAGUGCAGCUGGGGGAAACCUCCAGAUGUUAAAGACAUGAUGCUUUUCUUUCACAACUUCAGUUCUACCCUCCGAGAAAAGAGAUGAUGAAAGACUGACAUGUAGAUAUUUGGAUAUUAAAAUCAGAUUUGGUGCAUUUUACUAAACAGUCAACGUUUGAGUGUAUACAGUAGCCACUGUCAUUUCCAUUUCAAUGUGACACUGUUACAGUCCUGUCAACCUUUAAGGAAGGUAAAGGAAGGAGGAAUGUACAAAGUUUGUAGAAUGUUUUUAUCAUUUUACUGGGCUGAUUUGUAAUAUAUUUUGUUAUAAUUUUAUUGAUUAACUUAUGUGGAUGUGUGGAUGGAAUUCUGGGUGUAAACAGUCAGGUGAACUUUUGUAAUAUAUCUAUUUAACUACAAGGCUGUGAGUUAUGUGUGUAGAUCUUCAUAUACUGUAUGUAGUUUACUGUACUUGGUUUACAUAACUGUACUUAUUUAAUGCAGUAAAUGCAGUAUAAAAUCAGGGCUAAAGUUUUUAAACAAAUAUUUGGGUUCAGAUUAACAGGGUUUUUAAAUCCAUAAAUUAUUUAUCUAAAGUUGUUUGUGUUUAUAGGCAGCUAAUAGAAGCAGCGUAUAAGUAUGAAGAACUUAAUAAACCAA